UGCUGAUGCCCCCCGCCACCGCACGCUGCUGGCUUGCUUCGUGACUUUCGAUAUCUGAACCGUGCACCGGAUACAAAAGAGAAGGGAACUUGCAUUGAUCCGAUAGUCUUUCUCCUGGAAUCGCCAACAUGUUCCGUUUCACCGAACUCGUCUACCUCGUUGCCAGCUGGUCGUCCCUUGCUGCUGCGCAUACCGUUAUCGUGUACCCCCGCUGGAGAGGAAACAACAUCCACACAAACGGAACCACGUCGCCAACAGACCCAAGCAUCGUUCCCGGCUCGCUGGGAAUCAACUACGACAAUGGAACUUACGGCUUCCCAUAUGGAAUGCAGUGGAUGUACCCAUGCGGCGGCAUGCCAACAUCGCAGAACCGAACGAAAUGGCCCCUGGGAGGUGGCGCUGUAUCGAUCCAACCAGGAUGGUUCCCAGGCCACGCAAGCGCACAAUUCUACAUCAACAUGGGCUACGGCAACGAACCGCUCAACUACUCGCAUAACAUGGUGCCAGUCUUCCAAAUCACCGGCCCUUCAAACCAGCAAUACGACGGUACUUUCUGCCUUCCGCAGGUUCCGCUGCCAGCAAACUACACACCGAAGGUCGGUGACAAUGCGACAAUCCAGGUCAUUGAGACGGCGCAGCACGGUGCUGCAUUGUACAACUGUGCAGACAUCACGUUCGCCGAACCCCAGGACGUCCCUGAAGUCAACUCAUCCAACUGCUUCAACAGCACAUAUCCCGGCCAGGAAAUCGGCUUCCAGAUCGUAUACGCCACAACGAGCUCGCCAGCACCACACACUAUGGUCGUAAACGGCUACGCAUCGAUCGCAGUGCCGCUGAUGCUGGCCGCGGCAUCAUACAUUACGUGGACAUAAGCACCACUUUUGUUUCGGUUUCACUUUGGCAUGGCGUUGGGCGCAUUCGAUAUCCAGUCCUUUCCCGCUUAAUCCGAGAGAUUUGAUGGCGCGGCAUUAGUUGUCAAUCGUCAGCAUGCAGUC